AGCUCGCGAGUCACUCAUUCUAUUUGCUGAAUAUCUGGUCACUCCAAUAACAAUAACAACAACAAAGUCAACUAAACACGUACUUAACAAAAACAUAUAAAGAAGGAACAACAUUAUGGGCAGAGAUUAUUACCAAUUACUUGGUAUCAACAGAAAUGCCACAUCUGAUGAAAUUCGAAAAGGCUAUAGGAAAAUGGCACUCAAAUAUCAUCCUGAUAAAAACACACAUCCAGAGGCGGAGGAGUAUUUCAAGGAAAUUGGGGCAGCCUUCGAAGUGCUAUCUGACAAAGAUAAACGUGCAAUCUAUGACCGAUUUGGAGAGGAAGGACUAAAGGUUAAUUCUGAAACAUAUGCACCCCCACCCCCAUCCGAUUUGUUGCCCCUCAUAUGUGCAAUAGGUGGGACUGUGCUAUUUGCUUUCGUUGGAAUCAAAACAUUCGAAUAUUUCACCAAGAAAAAGGACAAAAAAGACUGUACCGACAACUCGUCCUAGGAAUGAAGGCGUCAAUUGCUGCUGUUAACGAAUGUUAUUAGUGAAUUGUUAUAUAUGUACAUACAUUAAACUUCUUUAAAUUGCUUAUCUCAAAUAAAUACCGAUAUAAAAUAUCGAUUAUUAUAUUA